AAAGUACAGUGCAGUUAUUUACGUAUUCUAAUAUUUUAUUUGGUUGUAUUGACAAGGAAAAGAAAAUUCAAUUUUUGUUCAAAAAUCUAGUUAUAUUUUAUCAUUUUUUUUAAUCCAAAAAUUUCAAUUUUUGAAAGUCCAAAUUUUUUAUUUUCUCUGUAAAUCUUUAAAAGAGAUUAAAAAAUAAGAUUCCCACACCGUUUUUAAAUCCUUUGUCAGUUUACCAGCUAAUGUGAUUUUUUUCCCUUACCCUUUAAUUUAUGGAUCAUCUUAUUUGGGAUUGUUAAUACUGUAUAUUGAUGCCUUCCAAUUAAAUGCGGAUCUCUGAUUAUAAUUAGAAUUUUUUUUUCUUUUGUAUUUAUACAUUUUUUAAAUAGUAUUUUAUGUUGUCAAUUUUUGGUUUUAAGUCUGUUUUUUUUAUUUUCUUUUCUCUUUUACUGAUGCUUAAAUUAAUUCAUUUUGUCUUCACGUAUUUACAUAUUUAUUACCAUGGAUUGUAAUGUCUAGUCUGUCAAUUAAAAAAAUAACUAACAUCAAAUAAAAGCAACAAAACAGAAGAUCAAAUCCUUCUGUCUUCUUUGCUUGUUAUUGUGGGAAUUGAACACUUGGGGUCGCAGUAGAGCUGAUUUCGUGAGUCUUAAAGUCAAUGGAAGUUACAUUCAUUUUUAGUAUUAUAAUAUAUUUUUUUUUAUAAUUUCCUGAUAACAUUUUUGCUGGUAUUAAAAGGAAGGAAAAAAAGUUUGAAUAUAUUAAUUUAUGUGAGAUUACAAUAAAUAACAUCUUGGAAUCUUGAUCCACGAUAAACACUGUUUAACCAAAGUACUUCACAAAGAAAUACAUGUGAAUAGACUAUUGUUUGAAAUAUGAAGUACACAUUUCUUUUAAAAAGAAAUAAAAUAAAAGAAACUGUAACUUUCCUCGUGCACAUUCCUGAUGAUGUUGCAGCUGUAGUUGGGGAGUUUUGGGAGGCGGAGUACCAGUCCAGCAGCUGCAGGUUUUUCCAGGGCAUUUUCCAGUUGGAUUCUGUUCUGACUCGCUGUGGACGCUUUUGAGAGAUUAAUGGAAAUUUGACUAAAAGAAUUGUUGCUUCUACUUUUGCUGCUCUGGAAAUGGGACACAUUUUCUGUGAAUAAGAAGAGAAAACUCCUAGCUGCAUAAAGCUGUCAUCAAGAUGAUGGAAAAUAAGAAAAUCGUUGUUCCGUUUUCGCUCCUGGUACACAUUUUUGCAGCCUUCUUCUUCUCUGCAGCAUCAUGUCAGUCUGACAGCAGCAGCAGCAGCGUGGUGGUGGCUGGCUACAACAUGACGGCGCGCGCCGGCUCCACCAUAGUGCUGCAGUGUGUCAGCGGCCGCAUGGUGUGGACCAGAGACAGGGUGAGGGACAGACAGAGGGUGGUGCACUGGGACGUGUAUCGGGAAUAUCAGCACAGCACCAUGGAGAGGGUGGUGGACAUGUUUUCUGCAGGUGAUCAGAGGAUGUACAACUCCUACAACCUGGGCAGGGUCUCCCUCAACCCCACAGCCUUCAAAGAUGGGAACUUCUCGUUGGCCAUCAAAGAUAUAACACAGAAUGACAGAGGUUUGUACUCUUGUAACCUCCAUCAUCUCUACUGCCACCUGCAAGAGACCGUCAGAAUCCAGCUGAAUGUCACCAAAUCUCCUCGUAAAGAGCAGCGCUUCUGGGACGGGCAGAAGGUCGUGUACGUGGUGUUGCUGGGCAGCACCGUGGUGUUGCCGUGCAUCAAUAGACGGUCAGUCUGGAUUGACCGAAGCAACGAAGAGGACCAACAGGUGGUCCACUGGGACCGCCAGUCCCCAGGAGUCGGACAUGACCGAGCCGAUCGACUGGUCGACCUGUACGCCUCUGGAGAGCAGCGAAGCUACGGACCUCUGUUCCUGCAGAUGAAGAUGAACAUCAGCAAUCAGGCCUUUGCAGUGGGAGACUUCUCCCUUACGAUAAGAGACGUUCAGCCUGUAGACCAGGGCAUGUAUUCCUGCCACCUUCACCAUCACUACUGCGGUCUACACGAGAGAAGGGAGUUCCAGGUCACAGUUCAGCCGCCGACUGAGUCCAGAGAGCCCGUCAAAGCCCUGCCGGCUGAAGAGAAAGACACGACUAAAGCUGAGAAACCUCAGGUCAUCAAUGUCAUCUUACCAGACCAAAGACACCAGAUCAUCCUACCACUGGCCUACAUGCUCACCUCCCUGCUGCUGCUGGCUUUCAUCGCACUCUUCAUCAUCUUCAUCGUGCGACGGCUUAGAACUAAAGAGUCACAUCCGCUGUCAUCAAUGGGUUCGAGCAGCCGCUCAGACGAGUGUGAGAUGGACGUCACCGAGGCGAACGCUCAGGAGGAGAGAAGGUUUGACUACAAGAACAAUCUGCUAAAGGAAAAGGUCCUAGCUAGCUCCCCGCCUAAAGUCAUUGAUCUUGAUGAAGAGAUGCUGAAGUUCUCAAAGUGAGAAACAGAUCGAUGGGAAAUCUGGGCCACUGGCUGGUCCAAACAGAACACACCCACCCGUCCUUCUAGCAGGAAAAUGCUAUGAAAUACAGGAAGAACCCUGAAUGUUUUGUGGUCAGAUUUUGUUUUUACUCUCCAUCUGAAUAGAAUCCCAAACGGGGGCAGCUCUGCAUAUAUGGAGGACUUAAUGAGACAAUUUGAAAUAAAUAUAUACAAUAUUAAAUUAUUAAAUAAAUGUGUCAUUUAAUAUUUGAAAUUGGCAUUAAACAAAUAAAAGUGGAAGUAAAUAAGUAAAUGUUUAAAUAUAUGUGGCCAUAAAAUGGCCGUUAAAAAGCACAUUUAAAAAUUUUAUGACACAUUUACUUAGUUCAUGGUCCUGUACGGUCUAAAAGAGACAAAUUGAAAUAAAUAUGUUUAAUAUCAAAUUAUUAAAUGUGUCAUCAUUUUUUUUAAAUUGGCAUUAAGUAAAUACAACUGGAAAUCAAUAAAUAAAUGUUUAAAUGUGUAUAGCAUUGAAAAAUUAAAAUAACCUUUAAACAGACAUUUAAAUAUUUCAGGACGUUUUUUUUUAUUUAAUGGCAACUGUAGGCUCCAAGGGACACAUUGAAAUAAAUAUAUUUAAUAUUAAUGGUGUAUGUAUUUAUUUCAAUUUGUUUCUUUUGGCCCACACUGGCCAUGAAAUAGUAAAAUAUGUCAUGAAAUAU